AUGUCGACCGGUAGCAUUGAUCAAAAGGUGGAUGUCGAGCCGAAGUCUGAGGCGCAUCAGAUUGAUGUUCUUCAUGAUGAAGUCUUAAAUAGUCAGGAUCUUCUUAAAGAUGCCUUCGAUGCUGAGAACCACGAGCAUGAGAUGGGAGUCUGGGACAGUAUCAAGGCCCACCCCUGGGCCUGCUUGUGGGCCUUCACCAUGUGUUUCACCAUCGUUAUGGAGUCAUUUGACAUGUUCCUCAACACCAAUUUUGUCGCCCUCACAGCCUUUAAACGACAUUUUGGAGUCAGAACUGGGCCAUUGCCCGAUGAUUAUGCUAUUCCAACCCGGUGGCAGAGUGCCCUUUUCCAGUCGGGUCAAUGUGGUGCUUUUGUGGGCGUGUUCUUAGCAGGUCCCAUCACUAACCGCAUCGGCUACCGCUGGACAACCAUCCUGGGCCUGAUUAUGAUGAAUGCCACCAUUUUCAUUUCCUUCUUUGCCGACUCCCUCACAGUCUUAGUUAUCGGCCAAGCAUUCGAGGGAGUACCCUGGGGACUCUUCAUUGCCAACUCCCCUGCUUAUGCCAGUGAGAUUGUGCCUAUCAAUCUCCGUGGUGCCUGUACGGCUACUCUGCAGAUGAGUUGGUCCAUUGGAUCAAUCAUUGUCGCCGGUGCAACUUAUGGCACCAACAACAUCGACGGACCAUCAGCUUGGAAGAUUCCUCUUGGCUUGCAGUGGAUUUUCCCCACCCCCCUUCUUAUCCUUCUCUUCUUCGCCCCCGAAUCUCCCUGGUGGCUCAUUCGCCGCGGCCGCAAGGAGCAGGCUCUUAAGUCUAUCAUUCGUCUCGGCAGUAAGCCCGAGGAGGCAGAAAAGAAGCUCGCCAUGAUGGAGCGAACUGUAGAAAUCGAGGCCCAAAUGGGUGGCAGUCCUACUCUUCUUGACCUGCUCAAGGGUACUGAUUUGAGGCGAACACUCAUCACUUGCUUGAUGUACGCGUCUCAAAACUUCGCCGGUAACUUGAUCGCCAAUCAGGCGACCUACUUCUUCGAACAGGCCGGAAUGUCGUCUGAUAUGUCUUUCAAACUCAAUUUGAUCAACUCGUGCCUUCAAUUCAUCGCCAACGGAUGCUCUUGGUUCCUCAGCUCUUGGUUUGGUCGUCGAACCAUCUAUCUGUAUGGUACAGCUAUUAACAUUACCUUCCUGAUGAUCCUCGGAAUCUGUGCCUCCGUUCCCCAAAACAGUGGAACCAACUAUGCACAGGCCGUUCUCGGUAUCCUCAUCUCCUUCGUUUUUGCCGGUGCCAUGGGUCCGAUCUCAUACACCAUCAUUUCCGAAACCUCUUCCGUCCGUCUUCGUGCUCUCAGCACGGGUGUCGGUCGUGCUGCUUACUACGUUGCCGAGAUCCCCAUGAUCUACUUGGCCUCAAAGAUGCUCAACACGACCGGAUGGAACCUUGCUGGAAAGUGUGGUUACGUCUGGGGAGGCACCGCUAUUGUCUGUUGGGUGAUGGCCUACUUCUUCCUUCCUGAACUCAAGAACCGUUCUUACCGUGAGAGCGACAUUCUGUUCAACCGAAAGAUCUCGGCCCGCAAGUUCAAGUCUACCGUUAUUGGCGUCCAGGAGAAUGACUAA